AAGUAGUCGCAAGCACCAUCUCGCCUCGCCUAUCUCAUCUCUGGGCUGUGUGAACCCUGAAGAAAUCAAAACAAACAACUGUGGAGAAUCAGGGGCUGCCAGCUUAUUUGACUUCUGCACCCUAAAAACACAAUUCAGUUGUUCGUGACAGACACAGAGACGUCCGCCAUGUCGAAUAUGGACAAGCACUUGUUCAACCUCAAGUUCGCUGCCAAGGAGCUGCAGCGCAACUCCAAGAGGUGUGACAAAGAAGAGAAGGCAGAGAAAGCCAAAGUGAAGAAGGCUAUCCAGAAGGGCAACAUGGAGGUGGCCAGGAUUCAUGCGGAGAACGCCAUCCGUCAAAAGAAUCAGUCGAUUAACUUCUUGAGGAUGAGCGCCCGUGUGGAUGCAGUGGCUGCCAGAGUCCAGACUGCUGUCACCAUGAACCAGGUCACCAAAUCCAUGGCAGGGGUGGUCAAGUCGAUGGAUGCUACACUGAAGAGUAUGAAUCUGGAGAAGAUCUCUGCACUCAUGGACAAAUUCGAGCACCAGUUUGAAACUCUGGAUGUGCAGACGGCUCAGAUGGAGGACACAAUGGGCAACACGACCACUCUGACCACACCACAGAAUGAAGUGGAUACCCUGAUGCAUGAGAUGGCUGAUGAAGCAGGGCUGGAUCUCAACAUGGAGCUUCCUCAAAGUCAGACUGGCUCACUGGCUUCAUCUGUGGCAUCAUCAGAACAGGAUGAGCUGUCCCAGAGGCUGGCCAGACUGCGGGACCAGGUGUAGAGGAGAAAAUGAUAUACAGAAGGAGAAGUGCAGGAGAAGGAGGAAGACAAAGGGAGUGAAAAUGGUGAAAUAAAAAGAGGAGGAUUAACAAUGACGGCGCCAUGUGCUUGCAAAAUGAAGCUCUGCUCCCUCCUGUGUGUGUGUGUGUGAGACGUUUACUCUCCUGUGAGGAGCAGAGGAGUCACACACUGACGUUUUGUGGAGGAAAAACAAGGGAUGAUAGUAUCCCAGUUUACAGUCCAAAUACCUCCUCUCCAUAAUUAUGUUGUUUCACACACUCUUGUUUAAUAUUUAUCAUGAAUACAUCAUUACCUCAACAAUAGGAUAGUACCCUGCUGGUCUGUUUGUUUUCAUUUUAAUGUGAGCUACCCUGGGCAUUAUCACUGGAUGAAGGGAAAACACAGCUUGUGUGAAAUCUGCAGGGCAAAGUGUUGAAAUACAGAUUUGCAUAAGCCAUUGUUUAAAAAAAAAAAAAAAAAGAUGGUUGUGAACUGUCUAAUGGUAAAGACAUUUCACGCGACAUUGGAAACAGAUUAUUAUAUUGAUAUGAGUACAACAUCCAGUCUAAGAAAAUCAAUACAUAAAGAGCAUUUAUUUAUUAAUUUAUUUAUUUAGUUGUUUUUUUUUUUUUUUCUAAUGUAACAUUGCAGGUAGUCUGUUAUUCAGUUGUUUUGUCUCCUGCCUGCAUGACUGAGGAUGUGAGGAAGUUUGAUUUUGUGUUGUCCAUCCCUGUUACACUACCAGUUUCAGCACUAGUGCAAAUUGCUGUACUCAAAAAUGCUAUUUUUGAUAUUUUACUCUGAAAGGGGUGCAUAUUGUAAAUGUUUGAACUCCAGCAUGUUUUGAGGACAAGCUGAAUUAUUUUAUUGAUUUGAUUGUUUUGUCUCAUACAGCAUGUUCUUGUCAGUUUUAAUAAUUCUCUUGCUCACCAUUGCUAGAUAAAAUUUAGAAUAAACAAUGGUUUGCAGACAUGGCUUUUAUUUAACUCAGCUGGCAUACUCUGUACUUACAUGUGAGGACGAAAGGUCAUUAAAAGAGUUUUUAACAUGU